AAUAUCAUUCGACUCCAAAUGGAUCCUGGAAAUCUGCUGCCAAAAAGUGUCGAUGAGCAGCAGAAGUUGGUGAUCUCCAUUCUAACUGAAUGGAUUGGCAUGGGGAGAAGCGGAACUCUCAGCUCGGCUAAGCUGCAGCUUUUUCACCGGAUUUCGCUUGUCAUGGUUUCCCUGUCCCUCUUGCUUCAGCCAGCGUGCUGUCAAUCAUGUCGGAUCCAGCGCUGCAAUGCAGAGUACGUGGCAUCAUUCUCACCCACCACAGGACUUCAGGAAGACCUGGUGUCUGAUGUGGACUACUGCACGGCUCUGAGGGCAUACAACUUGUGCACCAGACGAACAGCCCGUGGCUGCAGAGGGGACCUUGUUUACCACUCAGCUGUGUUCCGAAUUAAGGAGCUCUUUGCCCAGCACAACUGCUCCAGUGAGGGUCCCACGUCUUCAGUCAAAGCCCCAAGCACAUCCAGGCCCAUUGCAGUGGACACAUGUGACUUUGAAAGCAAAGUGCUGGCAUCAGGUCCUGCAGAUGCACAGAAGAAAAAGUAUGCACACUGUGGACUUUUCGGAGACCCUCACUUGCGCACUUUUAAAGAUGAGUUUCAGACGUGCAGGGUAGAGGGCGCAUGGCCGCUUAUACAUAACCGCUACCUCUCCGUUCAGGUCACGAACGUGCCUGUUGUGGAGGGAUCCAGUGCCACAGCAACCAACAAGAUAACGGUCAUAUUCAAGGCGUACCGUGAUUGCACCGAGCAGAAGGUGUACCAGGCCACCACGGAUGAUGUACCCUCUGCAUUCCAGGAUGGCUCACGCAGUGGGGGCCAUGCGGGCAGCCUGCGCAUAUCCGAGGGCAGCGGACAUGGCAAUGUGCGCCAGGUCAUCAUCAAUGCCCGCUACUUGGGCACAUCGAUCAUUGUGCGUCGGGUUGGUCGCUACCUAACAUUCGCCAUCCGUGUUCCUGAAGAGAUGGUGGAGGAGAGUGGCGGGUUACAGCUCUGCCUGCAUGGCUGCCCACGCAGUGAGCUUAUCAAUGCUCACGUGCUUAGCCGAGGGCAGCGGCAGGAGGAGAGUGAUGGACCGCUGCAGCCAGGCAGCGUGGGUCAUGCCAACUUACUUGAGAGUGCUAUCUCCAGAUGCAGGGAAAUACUGCAAGUCGAAGACGUUUACUUUCAGUCAUGCGUCUUCGACGUGCUCACUACGGGAGACAUGCAGUUCUCAAUGGCAGCAUUUGCAGCGCUGCAGGAUCUGAAGGCUCUUCCUCCCAGCACGCUGGAACGGAUCUCAGUCAGGACUCCACAUGUUCCUAACAGAAUGAGAGAGAACUCUCCAUCACUCCUCAUCACCACUCUGCUUCUUAUGCUCAUUCUGCUCAUGAGGCCUGGCUAGCGGAGACACUGGGGAGAGAACGGAUUUGACUGAACUUCUGUUUUAAUGCUCUUUUGAAUCAUCAUUCUUGAAUUUGUAAGAAGCACUCAACUUGUCUUUUCUUACACUACCCCAAAGUGCAACACAGCAGUCAUUCAAACUUGUUUUACUUUUUAUAAUGGAAUUAUGUCAGUGCAUUUCGGUACUUUGAAGAAGGCAGUACAGUCUGUGAAGGCUGAGGGCAGCUAUUUAAAUAUAAUUUGCAUGGACAUUAUGUGAAACAGCAACAGCAAUGCCUAAUCAUGAUCCUGGAGGAUAUUUACUGAAUAUAGCUGCAUCAUGGACACAGCUUUGAGAACGGGAGAUAAUGACAUCUCUCAUUCAAGUUGACUUGAGCGUGGCACUUAAUACAACUCCUUUGUAAUAAAUGCAUUUACAACCUGGGUUCCAACAACUAAGUGAAAAUACUACCUAUCCAUAUAAUUCUACAGGUACCAUAUAAAACACUACAUACAAAAAAAAGGCUACAGGAACAGCCUAAAACAGUAAGUCCCCGAGCCACACUGCUUCCUGCAUUACUGUUUAAGGCUAAGAAACAAAUUCUUUAUAUAAUAAUAUAUUGAAAGUGUGUAUAUAUGUGUGUAUAAUGUGUACAUUCUCCUGUGUAUAGAUGAUUGUAAAUGUGAUGUUUUUCAUAGAUUUUUUUUUACGGUCAGACGUAACAGAUAUGUAAUCCCUCAUCUUUUCCAUAUUAAAAUAAGUCAUCACACUA